AUGGAUAAAGUUAGUGAAGCUGUGAGCGGAGCCGCUGUAGGUGUGGCUUUGGAACUGCUCCUGAUAUCAAUUUGGAAGCUAGCUUGGUUCAGCAGUGUCCUCAACCGCUUAAAAUCAACUGUCAACUUCAUCGAACCUAACAUCGCCGAAAACGAGCUUUUCGAUCGAGCGAGGAAGAUGCUGAAUGAGCUCCACAAGAUUGGAAGUGCUUUGGAGGAGAAAGUGAAUGUGGUGACUCAGUUGGAGCACAAGGUUAGUAAUUUGGAAGCCAAAGUGAGUGAAUUGUGUGCGUUUGCCAAUGAUCGGGAUACUGCCAGUGAUUCUACUUAG